CGGGUACCUCCCUCUGUCGGCGACAGCCAUGGAGAGUACAGUGGCCCGGGGCGGGGCGGGGCCACAGAGUGAAGCUGAACCAAUGGGAGUGGAUUGACGGGAAGCUCUGGGCCAGUAAGAGGGCAGGUCAGGAAGGUCUGCGUCCAUAGGAGAAGAGAAGGAGGCGGAGGGCGGAAUCGACCAAAGGGAGAGCGCGGCAGGGGCGGGGUUGGCCUAGACUGGCAGGUAACAGACGUCACCUGAGCGGCUCUGCCCUGCGAAGGUGCUGUGCAGUCAUGGCGACGGUUCCUCUGGCUGCUGCCCCUGAAGGAAUGACCCGCGCGUUGGCUGUCCGAUCUCUGGCGUCGCCGCCUUCUUUGCUGCUGCUGCUGCUGGCGCUGCUCGUCCCCGUUGCGCCGGCGGCGGCGGAGCAGCAGGUGCCCCUGGUGCUCUGGUCGAGCUCUCGUGAUUUGUGGGCUCCCCUUGAAAAUGCCCACGAAGGUCACAUCACUACGGAUAUCCAACUUUCCUCCUACCUAGACCCUGCUCUGGAGAAAGGACCCCGAAACGUGCUGCUGUUCCUGCAGGAGAAACUAAGCAUGGAGGAUUUCACUGCAUAUGGUGGUGUGUUUGGCAACAAGCAAGAUAGUGCUUUCUCCAACCUGGAGAGUGCUCUGGAAUUGGCUCCCUCUUCCUUGAUCCUGCCUUCAGUGGACUGGUAUGCGGCCAGUACUUUGACCUCUUACCUGAAGGAGAAGUUGGGAGCUAGUCCCCUCCAUGUAGACCAGGCCACCCUACGGGAACUGAAGCUCAACGACACCCUCCCUGCUCUGCUCCUCCUGAGACUGCCCUAUACUACCAGUUCUGGCUUGAUGGCCCCCAAAGAAGUGCUCACAGGCAAUGAUGAGAUUAUUGGGCAGGUGAUGAGCACACUCAAGUCCGAAGGUGUGCCCUAUACAGCCAUAUUGACUGCAGUUCGGCCUUCCCGGGUGCUUCGGGACUUGUCGCUCGUGUCAGGGGGUCUGGGGCGGCACCUCCUUGGGGAGAAUGAGGAUUCAAAGCCUGUCACAGCCUCGGUGUCUACCCUACCCCCAGUGAGCUACAAUGACACAGAGCCUCGCAUCCUCUUCUGGGCCGAGACUUUCAAGUUGACUUACAACAAAGAGUCACGUGACCUGACUUCACUCACCUUUGGAGUCCCAACACUCAACCUGACUGGUUCCAGCUGGAACAACUCCUUUGCCCAGCUUGUGCUGACAUACGAGAACCUCUUUGGCUCAUUGCUGACGAUCAAGUUUAUCCUGAGCAGUCAGUUCUACCCCGUUUCAGCCCGAAGCUGGUUCACCAUGGAUCGACUAGAGAUCCACAGCAACGGCUCACGUGUUGUCUUCAAUUCCUCACAUGUCACAGCACCUAGCAUCUAUUCCUUCCACUGCCAGUCUGUUAGCAGUGAACGUUCAAAUGAAGGUGUCAUACUAUCUUCCGGUUCUUCUCCCUGGCAUGUGAAUUUCCAGAAUUUCCAGAUUCAGGCCUUCAACUUGUCCAAUGGAAACUUCUCCUAUGCCAGUGAUUGUGCCAGCUUCUUCUCCGCUGGCAUCUGGAUGGGGCUGGUCUCCUCUCUUAUCAUGCUUUUCAUCUUCAUCUACGGGCUGCACAUGAUCCUCAACCUCAAGACCAUGGAUCGAUUUGAUGACCACAAGGGGAGCACUCUCUCUGUGCCCCUGAUGGAGUGACCCCCCUCAGUCACAUGAGGGGCCCCAGAGGGAGGGGGGGGGCCAGAAGGGUUGGAGGUGGAGUGAUGCCUCAACUUUGAUCUCCCCUUGGAAGGGCUGCCAGGCUACUGCUCAUUUGUACUUCCUCUGUAGCUAGACCUCCCUAUUCCUAUUUCCUCUUGCUCCCACCCCCAAUUAUCCCAGAAGCUGUUGUUCCCCUUUCCUACCCUGUCCAUGGUAACAAAAAGCAGUAUCUGCCUCUGACAAAUAGCCCCAGUGAAAACCAAGAGGCUGAAGUUUAACUGUGUCUGAGAUGCCCUGAGGCAGUGUAUUCCUGUUGGGAGCCUCCUCUCCAUGGUGCAGGAGGGGAAGGCUGCAGCCACCCCUUGCCCCCUGGUCAAACAAGGUGUAUACAUUCACUCCCUAUACAUAUAUAGAUAUAUAUAAAGUACUUAUUUCAAAGGGGGAAGGAGUAACCUUGACCACUUUCCUUUCUUCCUGCUGGCUGCCUAUCCUUAUUUAUUCUCCCUAAAUCCCUGCCUUCAGGUCUAGCUGCCUCAUUGUGUGACAUGUAUUCUGGAAUUAGUCAAAAUGUCCUGAAGUUGGAAGGGAACUCAAGGUGGGAAGGGGGUGGGACUUGAAACUUGCUUAUUUGUCUUGUUUGCUUAUUGUUUUGUCUUUUAGUUUUUUGGGUGAUGCUAAAGUUGGAUGUGAUAGGAAAUUGAAAUAAAAUUUAACUAAGUCUC